GCUCUUUUCAAGAUGGCAGUGUAUACUGCAAGAAAAGAGACUGCAAAUUUGUAAGCGGAACCUUAGACUGGCAUGGUGCCACAGCAGUUGGAGCCUUCAACGAUACUCUUCUCUCCACUGGCUGGGGUAUUCUGGACAUCAGCUCUGGCUUUGGCCCUAGUCAAACCAAUGAGGAGAUCAUGUAUGCGGCUGGCUUCAUGGAAGGAGUUUUGACUUUCAGGCAAAUGGAAUCCCAGUUUACCAACUUGUUCAGCGUUUUCUUCCCAAAGCCUGAUAAAAGUAUGCAGCAGAAACUGGAGAAAUGGUUUACCACACAGAGGGCUUGGGCUGAUCAAAUGGCUUCCAAUUACCCAGAUGAUCCACUGUGGCGCCAUUCGUCGUACAUUUUUGCUCAGUUGGAUGGCCUAUAUGCAGGGUAUAAGAGUGUUCGAGGAGCAGACAAGACUGCACUUGAUUUCUUUGCCAUCAACUUCCUCAAUGCCAACGGGGAUCUGUUUGAUAUAAUGACUGUACUUCAACCUUCUGAGUCGCCAGACUGGACAACAUUCACAGCUGAUGAGGCAGCAAACUUUUUCUACACGAAUGGACACUGUUCAGCUUUGAUUAAGAUCCUCCCAGGCUAUGAGAACAUCUUCAUGUCUCACUCCAGCUGGUUUGCCUAUCAAGCCACAAACAGAAUUUACAAGCACUACAAUUUCAAUGUUGAUGAUCCAAGUACAGCGGCUAAAAGGGUGUCGUUUUCUAGUUAUGGAGGAUAUUUGGAAUCUCUCGAUGACUUUUACCAAAUGGACAGUGGUCUUGUGAUGCUUCAGACCACCAACAAUAUCUUCAACAAAACCCUCCACAAAUAUGUCACCCCACAAGCCCUGCUAGCCUGGCAGAGGGUCCGCAUUGCUAACAUGAUGGCCCACGGAGGGAAAGAAUGGGCACAAGUUAUUGCGAAAUACAACUCAGGCUCCUACAACAACCAGUACAUGGUCCUGGACCUCAAACUGAUCACUCCCAAGAAGCCGUUGCCUGACAACACUUUGUGGGUGGCUGAGCAGAUUCCUGGGCUGGUGGUGGCCGAGGACACCACGCCUAUCCUGAGAGCAGGAUAUUUCCCAUCGUACAACAUUCCAUUUUUUGAGGAGAUAUUCGUGAAAAGUGGCUACCCCGAGUAUGUGAAGAAGCAUGGCAUUCAGUACACCUAUGACUUGGCUCCUAGGGCCUCCAUAUUCCGCAGAGAUCAAGGCAAGGUCAAGGACAUGGAAUCCAUGAAGGCCAUCAUGAGAUACAAUGACUACAAGAACGACCCAUACAGUUACGGCAGUCCUUGGGGUGCAAUCUGUUCCCGUGGCGAUCUCGUGAAGGGUAUGACAAUGCCUGAUGGCUGCUAUGACACAAAGGUUGCUGAUCUUGCGAUGGCGAAAGCAUUCCAGGCUGACAUUAUUAAUGGCCCCACUCUUGGGAAUGACUUUCCACCCUUUUCAUGGACUGGCAAGUAUGCCAAUUAUUCCCACGCAGGUCUUCCUUUGACCUAUGACUUCUCAUUUGUGAGAACACAGCCAAGAUUUUGAAUGCUAUAUUUCUCUGUUGUUCCUUCUUAGAUGUUUUUUGUAUGUACCUCCCUUCUUCAGAGAUAUAAUAUUGUCCUUAUACAUGUUUAUAACAUACCCUGGAAUGUUAAAGGACAGUUAUCCCUGUGGUCCAAACAACUUUAUUGGAAGUUUACACUCGAUAUAGAAAUCUAGUAUUGACGUACUGUCUGACCAGAAACAUUUUGUGUUUUAAUGCUGUUUAGUUGAUUCGUGAGUGUUUCUACAGGAAUUUCCUUUCUUGGGUCUGUCUUAGAUUUUCAGGGAAGAAUUUGCUUCUGGCAGAUCUUGGCUGUUGUGUAUGAAAGUUAAUUAUGCAGAAGAAACUGAAACCAAAAUAUUGUUUUCUUGAACUUUUGUAACUGAAUUCAUGACACCUUUGAAGAGAUGAGAUUGUUUUUCUCUGUCAAAUUUUCUGGAGAUUGACAAUGUCUCCAACCAUUUCCAUAUCAAAACCUUUGUUGCUCAUUGUUGACCUCCUCCACUGUUUACUGAACACUUUUGUAGCUAGGUUAUGUUGUUACUGGCAGAUUACUGCUGGUUUUCAUGUGGAAGUUUGUUUUUUUUCCUCCUGUGAAACAUGUAUUUGCUUGAACAUGAAAUAUGUCUUUGCUUGAAGGGAGUCGGCUUUGCUUUGAUAUAGUUCUCGUGUUUGAGUUGGUGAGAUGAGAAUAUAGUGUUUUCCAGAUCAGUACAUAGUCGAAAUGGUACACAAGACGCCCGCACAUAAUUGAGGAGAGAUGCGGUUGUCCUAGACAGGUGGAUGUCUUGUACAAUAUCAAUAUAAUUUAGAAAAAAAA